UCCGGUUUCACCGAUAUCGGCUGUUGGAGAUCCUAUAAAGCAGCAAAUUCAGUGUUUCGGUCUCUCCACCGCAACUUGAACUCUUUGUUCUCUUUCUAUCUCCUUCGGAGUUCGGCCUCUGCACAUUUCUCCUUUCGCUUAGUCCCUCUGCUUCAGGAAAGAAAGUUCUCCGACGACAAACACGGGAGAUGGUACCUUGUACUGUUUCAGUUGUAAAAGUUGCAUCAGUUUUUCCAACUAUGGCGAUUUUCUAGUUAUUCUCUCUCUCCUUUUCCCGGUAAAAACGUUUUUAUACUUCUUGUUCUGAGCUCUCUGUGACUUUCUUGGAAAUCUCUCAGUAUUCCCUCUAUCCUACUCUCUCUUACGUUACUGUGACUACCGGUUAUUCUCUUCCCGCUGUUUCUGCUGUUAGUUUCUGUGCAUCUUUCUAUCGGCUCAUGUUCUUAUCCUUUCGUCAGCUUUGUUAAAGAUUUAUCCUUGAUUAAUCCGCUUCUUCUCAAGGAUUAGACUUUCCUUGAAAUUUCUCGUCCUGUUUUUUAUUAGAUUAUUUCAUUGGUCGAUCUUAACGUUCCUCUUUAUUCUCCUCGUGUCUAGUCUCAAAAGAAUCUGUCUUUUCGAGCCUAUUUCUUGCUUUCUCCUCCCACACGGCCACAUCCCGUUCUGCGUUCCCCCACCUAUCUUUUGUUUUCAAUGCAAGUAGAGUAGAGAGAUCCAAAGUCGCUAUCAAUGGAGCAUAACUUCUUCUCUCCAGUUAAAUAUACAGAGCACCGUCAGCUAACUAAAAAGUUCCUGAAGCCAUCAUCGAUGAGGCAUAGAAAUAAUCCGUCGGAAGUGAAUGCUACUGACAGGCCGAAAGUUGUUCGAAUUUCUUUUACCGACGCCGACGCGACGGACUCGUCUAGCGACGAAGACGAGUUUUUUGGCCGUCACAGAGUGAAAAGGUACGUCAACGAGAUCAGUAUUGAAUCUUGCUCUACAGAUAACGAUAUCGCGAAUGGUGGUUGGAGAAGUAAAUCCGUUCGGAACGGGCGGAAAAAAUCAGCCGGAGGAGAAAACAUUCAGUCUAACCGGCGCCCCUUAAAUCUCUCUUCAUCAAACGGAAAGAAGUUCCGCGGAGUACGGCAACGACCAUGGGGAAAAUGGGCUGCUGAGAUUCGAGACCCCGCACGGGGUGUACGCUUGUGGCUGGGAACUUACGACACCGCCGAGGAAGCAGCCAAGGUUUACGACAAUGCAGCGAUUCAGUUGAGAGGACCAGAUGCAAUGACGAACUUCGCUACUCCGCCAAAAGCUAAGCAGGAGAUACAAGUACCAACCAGUUCUGGCUACGAUUCCGGCGAGGAGUCACACAAUCUUUCAUCUCCAACAUCUGUUCUUCGGUUCUCUUCACCUUCCAGUGAAGAAUCCGAGUCUCAAAACCGGCAAGAACCCAUUAAGGAAGUUCAUGAUGAAACGUGUUUACCGGAUGGCUUUAGUGAGCUUUUGCCACUAGAAACACCGUUCCUAGACGACUUUCUUACUUUUCAAACUCCGGCGGAACUGUAUCAGUAUGACACGAGCUUGCCGGAUAGCCAUAUCAAGGAAGAUUUUGGUGAUAUGUUUCUGAGUUCAAAUGAUGAUUUUGGAUCGUUCUCGUCAACGACAUGGCACGUAGACGAUUACUUUGAGGAAAUCGGUGAUAUAUUUGCAUCCGAUCCCCUCGUUGUUCUCUGAGAAAUUCUCCCAUAAAGGAAACAGUUCCGUCGUCGUCUUGUCGAUUCGUCGGCAAAUUUUGUUAGUGGCGGGAUAUAUAGUUUCAGUAGUUUUUUCAGUUUUGUUUUGUUUUUAAUAUCUUAAGUAUAUGAGGUUCUAACUAAUUAUCUCCGUCAAAACUAAACGGAGAAAGAGUGAGUAAAUGAAUGAAGUCGAAGCUUUCUUUUUCCUUAA